ACAUUUCAUUCUUUGUCGUAUCUGUCAAAUAUUUGUUGAUCGAAAGUGUAAACUGCAAAUCACGCCGGUGAACUUUACAAAUUUCGGUAAUUUUGUAUAAACAAGACCUCAGUUAACAGUAAAUAUGAGUUCGAUUGGAACAGGCUACGAUCUUUCGGCCUCUCAGUUUUCUCCUGAUGGUCGCGUUUUCCAAGUUGAAUAUGCGAUGAAAGCUGUAGAAAACAGCGGUACGGUAAUAGGGCUGCGGGGUAAAGAUGGUGUAGUUUUGGCAGCUGAAAAGUUGGUUAUGUCAAAGCUCCACGAGCCUGGUACCAACAAGAGAAUUUUUAACAUCGAUAAACAUGUCGGAAUGGCGUUCUCCGGGCUCAUUGCAGAUGCUAGACAAAUUGUUGAUAUAGCGAGACGCGAAGCUGCCAAUUACCGAUCACAGUAUGGAGUUAGUAUUCCAUUGAAUUAUUUAAAUGAUCGCGUUAGCAUGUACAUGCAUGCUUAUACAUUAUACAGCGCGGUGCGUCCAUACGGGUGUAGUGUUAUCUUAGCAAGUUUUGAAGAAAAUGGGCCUUUGAUGUAUACCAUAGAUCCUUCAGGUGUCAGCUAUGGCUACCAUGGUUGCGCAAUAGGUAAAGCUAAACAGUCUGCAAAGACUGAAAUAGAGAAAUUGAAAUUGCGUACAAUGACGUGUAGAGAAUUAGUUAAAGAAGCUGCAAAAAUAAUUUACUUGGUCCAUGAUGAAUUAAAAGAUAAAAAUUUUGAGUUGGAGUUGUCCUGGAUUUGUGAAGAAAGUCGUGGAGUUCACGAGAAAGUGCCUGAAAGUGUCUUUGCAGAAGCUGAAAAAGCUGCCAAACAAGCAAUGGAAGCAGAUUCCGAUUCAGAUACUGAGGACAUGUAGUUGUAAUUCAUUCAUUUUUUUGUAUUUUUAUUUUUAAGUAAUAAAGUUACGACGGUUACGACCAUA